UGCGUAUUCAACAUUUACAAAUGUUUAGUGAAGGAUUUAGAAUAGAGAGGGAAAAAAAAGACAAAAUAUUCAACACAUCAAAUUUUUCUCCUUUGUCAUAAUAAAACAUGGGCACGUUAAAUCAAUAGAAAAAUAAAGAUAAAAACAACGAUAUCUCAUUAAAUACGAACAUCUUUCAUUUAAUUGCAUCAUACGAUUAUGUGUACUCUGUUGUUUUCUUGAUUAAAAAAACAAAAAAAAAAAUACUCAUUUCAAAAUUUCCCAUCUCGAAAAGCAUAGAUAAACAAUAACAGAAGUUCCCUAUAUUCUAAAAGAAAUUUACAGAAUCCAAGACAACUAUGAAAAGUUAAAAUAGUUUUAUAGUUUAGUCGCAAAAUAAACCAUAAUGAUGUCGACGUUUGCGCAAAAACCCAAAUAGUUUCGAAAUGACAGCAAAAAAAAAUUCGAACUCAAUUUCAAGUUCUGUAAAAUACCAUAUAGUCAAUUAUCUGAUAUAAAGAUAUUCAUAUGAGCUCUGAAGUGUCAUAUCCAAUAUUGAGGGAUGUAUAAGAGUUGCUCUAAUUUAACAAUAAAAUGAUUUUAAUAUUUAUAAAAAUCUAUUGUAUAUAAAAUUUCGAGGCUUCCGACAAUUGAGACCACUUUUUAUCAAAAAAUUUGAAAGUCUUAAUUACAUCAAACAAACAUCAGAGAGCGUCCAAAUGAGAAUGAGAGUGAGUGCAAAUAAAGUGAUCUCAAUUGGGAAAGAGACUAAAAUUUCAUUCUUGUCCAAGAAUAUUUUCAUAAAACUAUGAUGAUUUAAUCUUAAAUGACGUUAUAUCUUAUGUUUUAACAGGUCUAAAAUUUGAGAAUAAAAAACAGGAACAAUUUCGUCGACAAAGAACACAUUUUACAAGUGAACAAUUACAAGAAUUAGAAUCAAAUUUUGCUAAAAAUCGUUAUCCUGAUACGUCGACAAGAGAAGAAAUUGCUAUAUGGACGAAUUUAAACGAAUCAAAAGUGAGAAUAUGGUUUAAAAAUCGUCGUGCAAAAUAUCGUAAAUGUGAACGUAAUCUUGAACAUUGGUAUAAUUCAUUUACACCUUAUCGAACAUUCUUUCCAAAUACAACUACCAAUCAUUUUUGGCAUCGAAAAUGUGAUGGAACUGGUAAUCAAUAUUCAUGUACGGCACAUAAUUAUGCUACAGCAUUAACAACUUACUGUCAAGACUUUCAUUAUUCAACUACAAACACUUCAAAUAGAAGUGAUGAUACACUGUUAUUAUAUCGAAAUGUCAUAAAUCCAUAUACAAAUGUUGGAUACAAUCAUAUUAAUUCGAUUAAAAUGGCACAAGAAGAUGAUGUUAUUUUUAGUUAA